AUGAGGAGAGACCCAGAGCUCGGCUUCGGCUUCGUGGCCGGAAGUGAGAAGCCGGUGGUCGUCCGUUCCGUCACUCCAGGAGGUCCGUCUGAAGGAAAGCUGCUUCCUGGAGACGAAAUUAUUAUGAUCAAUGACGAGUCUGUGAGUUCAGCUCCGAGAGAGAGAGUCAUCGACCUGGUCAGGAGCUGCAAAGAAUCCAUACUGUUGACUGUCGUCCAACCGUAUCCUUCCCCUAAGUCGGCGUUCAUCAGUGCUGCCAAAAAAGCCAUGUUGAAGUCCAAUCCCGUCAAAGUGCGCUUCGCGGAGGAAGUGAUCAUCAAUGGGCAGGUUCCAAACCCAUUCAAGGACAACUCCCUCCUCUUCAUGCCAAAUGUGCUGAAGGUCUACCUGGAGAACGGACAAACUAAAUCGUUUCGCUUCGACAACAGCACGUCCAUUAAGGACGUGAUUCUGACCCUGCAGGAGAAGCUGUCAAUCAAAUGCAUGGAGCACUUCUCUUUGAUGCUGGAGCAGAGGUCAGAGGUCGGGACCAGGCUGCUGCUGCUGCACGAACAGGAAAUGCUCACUCAGGUGACGCAGAGAUCCGGCUGUGACAAAAUGAAGUGUUUCUUUCGCAUCAGUUUCAUGCCUCGGGACCCAGUGGAGCUUUUGAGACGAGACGCAGUGGCUUUUGAAUACCUCUAUGUGCAGUGUUGUAAUGAUGUCGUGUUGGAGAGAUUUGGGGCGGAGCUAAAGCCUGACGCUGCGCUCCGAUUGGCCGCCCUGCAGAUGUACAUCCUCACCAUGACGACCAGACAGAGCCAGAAAGUCUCUCUUAAAUACAUACAAAAAGAAUGGGGUCUUCCUCUGUUCCUGCCUCCUGCUGUGCUGUCCACCAUGAAGGAGAAAAACGUGAAGAAAGCUCUCACCCACAUCCUCAAAACCAACCAAAACCUUGUGCCUCCAGGGAAAAAGCUCACUGCACUUCAAGCCAAGGUGCAUUAUCUGAGAUUCCUGAGUGAACUGAAGCUGUACGGAGGCCGCGAGUUCAGGUCCAUUCUUCUGCAGGGAGAGAAGCAGACCGAGGUGCUGCUGCUGGUGGGCCCUCGGUACGGCAUCAGUCAUGUGAUCAACGCCAGGACAAACUUAGUGGCUCUUUUAGCCGACUUCAGCCACGUGAACCGCAUCGAGAUCCUGACGGAGGACGAGACCAACGUGAGACUGGAGCUGCACGUGUUGGACGUCCGGCCCAUCACUCUGAUCAUGGAGUCCAGUGACGCCAUGAACCUGGCGUGUCUCACCGCGGGAUACUACCGCCUCCUGGUGGACGCUCGCAGAUCUAUCUUCAGUAUGUCCCAUUGCAAUAGCACUGGAGACGACAGCAGCCCCGAUCGAGUCGUGGAGUGGCCGUACAGCACCUCUCUGGGAGAAAAAGAGGAUCCAUCUUUGAAUCAAGACGACCUUUACAACCAGGGCUUUCAUGGCAACUUCCACAGACAAGACAGUAUCCAAUCAUACAACCAGGACCCCCCAGAGCGGGAAACUGGAAUGAACCGGAGUCCCUUACCCCCACCUCUGCCCCCAUCCACUCGCCACAAACCGCUAGACUCCCCUAGAAGCGCAAAAGUUUCCUUUAUAUUCGGAGGAGAUCCACCUUUGAGUAAAACUCGAGGCUACGAGAGACUUGUGGAAAGCCCGGAUUUACCAGAGCAGAGGCCUAGCUACAUGCACAGCAACACGGAUAGAACGCCGUAUCAUUACUCUCAUGUUUAUAGUAAUAUUAUCAGCGAAGAAGGCGGCGAGGAGCCUUUGCUGAAUGAACUUCUCUACGCGGAUACGACCGACGAUGCGGAGGACGAGGACGAGGACUGUGACGAAGACUCUGCAGGCGGGACUCCCAUCUGCGACGAAUCCAAACCCCUAAACUACAGCAGCCAAUAUGGCGGCCCCCCCACGGCCGCCGGGAAAGCUACAUUUCUGAGCUGCUCCGGUUCCACUGACGACAUCAUUGACCUGACGUCGCUGCCGCCACCGGAGGGAGACGACGGCGUGGACGAAGAAGAGGAUGACACUGUGUUGGAGACGUUGAACUUGGCCAUUGCGGCGCCACCUCCUGGUUUCAGGGACAGUUUGGACGAGGACGCAGAAGGCCGGGUGCUGAGCCGGGAUGAGAGCGAAGAUAUUCCGGUUUCUUUGAUAGAUGCCGUUCCCACUCACGAUGACAGGGAUCGUGUGGUCCAGACGCUACAGGCCAUAGAAGCCAUGUCUCUGUCUGACCAGAGACCGCCUCCCCCGCCUCCCCCUCCUCCCCCUCCAGGCUGCAGCAAUCCAGGUGCUUACACUUCCCAAGGCUUUAGUCCACAGUCUUCCUCAGACUCUGGCAAUGAGACCAACUCCUCAGAGAUGACAGAGAUCAAUGACCUGGCUUCUCACAGGCUGUUGGUGGCCACUCGCGAGGGAUAUCAACCUUUACUUGAGGAGAAAACUGAAUUCCCUGUCUCCCCAUCCACAGGAGGAGGCCUCACAACGCAGACGAAACCAGCCAGGCACCUCCAACCCCCCGCCGUCCCCCCCAGACGAAGCCCCUUCCUGGACGCCCCAACUCUUGGUUUCGAAGGAUUUGAUGGGAGACCACCUAGCAACAUGUCGGCAACGCUACAGCGACCAAACUCCACCACACCUGGAGGCAAGCAUCAGCGGAAGUCAGACUCCAUGUUGGCCGGUGUGAUCGCGGCGCUCAAAUUCCCCUGCAAGACGUGUCUCAAUAUAAGCAGUUACUGUCUGUCGAAUCGAAGGAGUUGGGCCGGGCUUGUCGGAGGAUGGCACAAGCCUACACCAGCCCAGAAGAAAUGCUCCUCGCUGUAA